UGGAGCAUGAGCAGGGGAGGGGCAGAGAGAGGGGGAGACACAGAAUCUGAAGCAGCCUCCGGGCUCUGAGCUGUCGGCACAGAGCCCGACGCGGGGCUCGAACUCACGGACUGUGAGAUCAUGACUUGAGCUGAAGUCAGAUGCUUAACCGAUUGAGCCACCCAGGUGCCCCUAAUUAAAAAAAAAUUUAAUGUUUAUUUUUGAGAGAGAGAGAGAGUGAGAGGGGGAGGGGCAGAGAGAGGGGGGAGACACAGAAUCUGAAGCAGCCUCCGGGCUCUGAGCUGUCAGCACAGAGCCCGAUGCGGGGCUCAAACUCAUGAACCACAAGAUCAUGACCUGAGCUGAAGUCGGACGCUUAACUGACUGGGCCCCCCGGGCGCCCCUGGAGAUGUUCGUCUUAAUCAUUUGAUCGAGAGGGUGUCUGCUCAGUGUCCCCCCUACAGAGCGACUCUCCCAUGCAAUUAUUAGUACGUUGUAAGGGGGUACUUUGUGCCGUGUAAAUAAAUGUGGUCAAGCUUGGCCCUUUUUGUUCCUGUCUGUGGGGACUCCUGGUGUCCUGUGUUAUGCUAUGUAAUCUGUUGUUCUUUCUUUGGAUUUCCAAAUGGCCCCCGGUCUGGCCAGUGGAGUUUGUUCAGGCUGGCGUCCGUGUUCCUUUGCUGUGACCCCACAACGCUGUGCUGGCCUCAUGGCCCAAGAUUUGUUUCUAGGUGCAUCUGCCUGCUGGUCCUGUUCCAGUCAUGGGAGCCGCCGCGUCUCCUGGUCUCGGUUCCUUUGAGUGCAGAAUGCUAUUUAGAAGUCAAGCCCCAGACGCUAGAUGUCAUGUAGACGCCGCCUCUCUCCACUCACGCUCACGUUCCCACCCGGCACCCUGGGCCAUGCCGCCUCUCUGCGGGCACCUCCCCCUACUUGGAUCCCCUCCCGACCCCCGGGGUAGAGACCCUCGUUGCCUCCUUGGACGGUGACACGUGGCUAUGACCACCCCCCCUCGCCAGCAUGGAUGCCCACCUCGUUCCUCCCCUCCCCUCCCCCACAUCAUUUAGGGAGACGGAAGAGAGAGACGAGCAGAAGCAGCCCAGACAGCACCCUGUUGGUCGCGAUGCGUGCCCGCUUCCUGAAGCCAGGGUUCUGACCCAGUCCCUGGGUUCCUGCAUCCGCCAGCUGGCCCUCGCGGGUGGCACACAGCUCCCGGCGGCCAGGGCCGUGCCCUCUACGUCUUUACCCGCCCAGAGGCCAGCAGAGGCCCGGCCUGCGGUGAGCGCCCGGAACGUGAAUGAAGGGCUGCCCUGGGCUCUAAUCCCCAUUUUUGCAAUGAUCUUUCCAGUCCUAUUCUGGGGAUGAAAGGUCAGAGCCUGAGACUGGCCUCCCCCGACUCCGCCCGCCCCAUCCCCGCCCGUCUCACUGGAGCCAGAUGGGGAGGCAGACACAGCUCUGAUCCCCUCCCCAACCCGAGUAGAGAUUUCUGAUCCAGCUGUCACAGCUCUCGGACACCAGGGGCCAAGGGAGAGGCAGGAAGAGUUGGCGGAGGAGUGACCGAGAAGAUAAGGAGGCCGAGCCACCGCCACCGAGGGGGACAGGAAGGAGGGGGAGCCGACUUGAGCCUGGUGCCUGCCGAGCCGCCCCCGUCCCUCCAUGCAGGUCCCUGUGGGCCCCGCCUGCAUCUUCCUGAGAAAAGGCAUCGCCGAGAAACAGCGGGAAAGACCGCUGGGACAGGAUGAGAUCGAAGAGCUUCGGGAAGCGUUUCUUGAGUUCGACAAGGACCGAGAUGGGUUCAUCUCUUGUAAGGAUUUGGGGAAUCUCAUGAGGACGAUGGGCUACAUGCCCACAGAGAUGGAGCUGACUGAACUGGGCCAGCAAAUCCGCAUGAACCUGGGUGGCCGUGUAGACUUUGACGACUUUGUGGAGCUGAUGACCCCCAAAUUGCUUGAGGAAACGGCGGGGAUGAUCGGCGUCCAGGAGAUGCGCGAUGCCUUCAAGGAAUUUGACACCAACGGGGACGGGGAGAUCACCCUCGGGGAGCUGCAGCAGGCCAUGCAGAGGCUUCUGGGAGAGAAGCUCACCCCUCGCGAGAUCUCGGAGGUCGUGCAGGAGGCGGACGUGAACGGAGACGGCACGGUCGACUUUGAAGGUGACGUCGCGAGGGGGCAGCCGCCGCGCGGGUGGCUUUCUGAGCCAGGGCUCACUCCUACCUCCCCCGUGCCUGUCCCUCCCUGGCUCACGGGGCGCCUUUGUCAAGAACGAAAUGUCCCGUCGGGAGAGUGGACCGGUCACCAGCUGGGGCUCUGGGGUCAGAUGCACGGGGUUCAAAUUCAAGGUCGUCUCUUACCUGUCCUAGCCACCCAGAGAAGUCACGCGUGACGCUGCUGCUCGUUCCGGGCGGGAACGCGCUUGCCCCUUCCCGCUGGCCCAGUUUCAGUUAUACCACCGGAAGGUGCUCCCACCCCUCCUCUCGGCGCCCCCUUGUGCCUCCGCCGCAGCGCUGAGGGUGACAUCACCCGAGCUCGUAAUAGCGCCUCGCCUGUUUCCUCCCGAGGAGGCCCCGGACUGAACCCUUCUUCCCUACACACCCCGGUCCUGGCACAGAGCUCGUCCCACGUGUACUGAGGGAUCAGCGGAAGGGAACCCGUGGGAAUCCUGGGCGGAUGGGAGUGGAGACCAUUUUCAUGGGAGACCUAACAGGGAGGGUCAGAGUCUCAUCAUGGUGACUCUAGUUCAGGCGCCCCAGCAUCUAACUGCUGCCGGGGGACAAAAGCUGAGUUCUCGGUCUGAUACUCAGGUGCAUCCCUGGUGUGACCCCCACCCCCGGCCGCACUUCUGUCCCCACUCUCGGGGUCGCUGCGCUCUGGUGCACACUGGGUGCCUGCUCUGUGUUCGCUAAAUCCGGUUUCUCCCCCUCUGACGUCCCUUCCGCUUCCGGUACCUUCCCCGGUGUUCUCCAUCCCUCAGGAAUCGGCGCAGCUCAGUCUCUGCCAUGAAGCGUCCCUUCAUCCUCAGCUGGCUGUAUCCCCCGUAUCUGUGGCCCUACAAAGGCCUCCCUGUCCCCCUCCCUUCAAAGGACGUAAUCGCUGCAGACCUCGCUGCCUUGAGUUGUGUUGGCCUCCUGGGAUGUCAAAUCCUGGAGGCCGGUCAGGGAUGUCCUCUGACCCAUCAGCUUGUAAUUCCCAGUAGGGAAACUCAGGAGGCAUUUAUGGCCUGGCUGUAACUGAGGAAAUCUUGUCGGGAUGCCCGCUGGGUCUCGCCAGGCUCAGGUGUACGAGGGGCAUCACUGAAAGUCUGGACGAGCUAAGAGACAGAUCCUCGGGCCAGCCCCACGCAGGGGAAGGACAGAUGGACCUCAAGACCUGGGUGGGGCCCAGAAGUUCAUGGGGCAUGGAGUCACCGCAGAGUCAGUGCGUUCCUUCCGAGUUUUCCAUUCACCGUCCACGUGGCCUCAGGCGCAUUGGUCAACCUCACUGGCCUCCGUUUGCUUAUCUGGGAAAUGGUAGUUACGCCUCCAGGAUCGGUUGGAAAGAUGAAAUAAGAUAGUCAUAACGAUUGUGUAACGCUUCAUGGGUCUUGUAAGCAUUCUAUCGUUUAACCGUCUGGGAAACUUGUGUAAGGUAUAUGGCGAUCUUGUGGUUCCCAUUUUGGAGACGAAGAAACUGAGGAGCAGAGGGUUUCCCAAAGAUCACCCUUGGUUCCUGACACAUAGUAAAGGGCUAAAAAAGUGCUCUUACAAAUCGGCGCCUUACCAGGGGCUUUUCUUUGCAGAGUUUGUGAAGAUGAUGUCUCGCUGAGGAGGUUCUGGAAGCCCCCGGUCUCUCCCCACCAGGCAGGCAUGGACCCCACACUUGUGGAAGACCAGAUCCCCUCGGGCCCGUCCAGGAGAGAGGGUGGGAGGGUGCGUGGUGACUGGCCUUGCAUUGUAUGAGUCGAGGCUGGACCAAAAGUGAUGGUUUUGCCCGGAUGGCGGGCGGGGUGAGGGGGAACCUCUCUAGAAUGAGAUAAGAAGCUAGAAAUGAGAUCAGGACCAAGGUCAGCGCCACCCCACCAAUUCCAGAGGUUAAUGACAUCUCGACUUCAUGUAACCCCCAAUGCCUACACCCCAGCAGAGUCUCUUCCCUGGUGUCCUCUUGGGUCAGACUCUCAAAAAGCUCAGCCCAUGGGCCACCCUUCCCCCUUCUUGCUCAGCUGCUUCAGAUUUCCUCAGUUUCUUUCUGUCGGUAAGAGGGAGGCAUGACAAUCUUGGGGCUAUAAACAGGGUUCCUGGGAAGACUGGGCUUGGAAAUGGUUCCAUUAAAGAGGCUUUCAAAG